AUGCGUGAGACGUGCGCUCCAAUUCUGCUGGCACAAAAGGCCAAACGCCUUCGGCGGAUGACGGGAGAUGGUAGAUAUCAGUCCCGGCAUGAGAUGGAGCAUGGAUCGGUGACCAAGGCGCUCCGGGUCGCCCUAUUCCGUCCAAUACGCCUGUUGUUCACCAAGCCCAUACUUUUCGUUCUGUCAGUCGACGCCUCCAUCGUGUACGGGUAUCUGUAUCUCGUCUUUACGACGUUGACCUUUUUUUACAAAAGUCUAUACGGCUUCUCUUCGGGAACUGCUGGGCUGACCUUCCUGGGAAUUGGCAUUGGCAUGUUUGUUGGCUUGGUGUCCGUUGGUGUGGUAUCAGACAAGAUCGCCGUGCGGAGACAGCGCGUCCGGGAGCUGAAGCCAGAGGACAGGCUACCUCUCUUGGUUCCCGGUGCGUUCCUCAUACCGAUCGGUCUGUUUUGGUAUGGCUGGGCCCUCGAAAUUCGUGCAUUCUGGCUGGUUCCGCUCCUGGGGAUGGGCGUAUUUGGCGCCGGCAUCAUAGCCACGUUUGUUCCCAUCCAAAUGUACCUCAUCGAUACGUUCCAUGAUCAUGCGGCCUCGGCGUUGGCGGGGCUGGCGAUGAUGAGAAGCACCGUAGGAGCCACACUCCCCCUGGCAGAGGGGCAGAUGUCCGAGACUCUAGGUCACGGCUGGGGGAAUAGCCUGCUUGGUUUCGUUGCUUUGGCCCUGACCCCGAUACCAUUCUUGUUUAUCAGAUACGGCGAGAGGCUGAGAACGGGGAAAUCUGGCUAG